AUGGCUUCUCCCUCUCAGGAGCCAGGGCUCCUUCCCUGUGGGGCCUGUGACAUGGUUUUCCGUUCCUGGGCCCUACUGGCCACCCACACCCAACACUUCUGCAUUGGCCGCGCAAGCCAGGAGGUGACACUAGGAGCUGGGCCCUCAACUGCCACUGAACCAGGGGGCCCCACGGUUGUGCCACAAGAAUCCCAGGGCAUCUCAGACCAGGAGGCUAACAAGUCGGCUUUAAAGAGCCUAACAGAGGAGGUGCAGCGUCUGCGGCUGUCCCUGCAGCUGAGAGAGUUCACCACCAAGGGGUCAGAGGUGCAGACUCUGGACCCCACCUCCAAUGCCGCCAGAAGCCCGAACGAGAGGCUGCAGGCGCUAAAUUGGAAUCACGCAAGGCGCGUGGCAGAGAUCGAGGCUCACGGCCGGGCCCUGGAGCUACAUGGAGAGGAAUUAAGUAGGCGCCUCCAAGGUAUGGCCGGGACUCGGUGUGGAAGAUCCCGCCUAUUCGGCCUGGAGCGGGAGCUUCGAGAACUCCGGAUUGAAGCCGGACAGACUCGGGGAGCGCUAGAGGCGUUAGAGGGACGCGUGCAGCAGCUACAGCCCGACACCCGUCCGGGACUGAAAACCUUUCCAGAGGCUGAACUCAGUUGCCCCGUGGUACCGGCGAACUCAGGGACCUUGGCUGUCGAAAUCAGUGCCCUGCGUGAAGCCUACGUUCGCGGUGGGGGCCGGGACCCUGGCGUUCUGGGCAAGAUGUGGCAGCUACAGAUGGACGCGUCAACGCUGGAGUUGUGGCGCACGCAGGCCCGCAAGGGUAAACAGGAGGAGCGGCCAGGUGCCACCUCGGGGGAGCUUCUAGUAGUGGAGGCUGAGAACCGGCGCCUGGAGGCAGAAAUUCUGUCCCUGCAGAUGCAGAGGGGCUCGGGCCGAACGCCCUGGGUGCCCCGGGAUCUGUCACUCCUUGCCUGUCCCAGACCACGCCUGCGGGGUAGGGUCGAUGUUGAUAGUCCACGCCUCCCUCCGGUGGUGGCUCCCCCGUUGCCUCCGCUUCCACCCUCUACAGAGCAGCUGCUUUCUGGAACCAUGGUUAGGAACCUGGGCCUGGACCCACACCUUCUAACUCCAUCUGAUGUGCUGGGCCCUGCACCAUAUGACCCUGGGGCUGGGCUGGUCAUUUUCUAUGACUUCCUGCGGGGCCUUGAGACCUCUUGGAUUUGGGUGCAGCUAAUGACCGGUUUAGCCCGAGAUGGACAUGAUACAGGAGGAACCACAGCUUUGCCCCCAGCCAUUUGUCUGCCCCCACCUCCAGCUCCUGGGCCGUUGGGCAACUGUGCCAUUCUUGCCAGCAGACAGCCUGUGCCUAGAUUGCCACCCUCACGAUCAGUAUCCUUGGUCUGUGAACUGCAAGCCUGGCAGGGAUUAGCAUGGGCCAAGACACCACAGCCAAAGGCCUGGGCCUCAUUGGUACUAUUUGAUGGGGACCAGCGAGUGCUAAGUGGUCGAUGGCGCCUCCCACUUAGGUCCCUUCCAGUAAACUCCAACCUGAGCUUGGGGCAGCUGAGUAUGAGACCACAGGCAGGUGAAGCUGAGCUCUUCCUUCGACUGGUGAACUCAAGAGAUGCAGGUGUUCAGACACUGGUAGAGGUCAACCCAACGAGUGCCCAUGAAUACCAAUACCCACCUACAAUGUUCAGCUCAUCUUCACUGGAAGCAAGCUUCCUUGUCCCAUCAGCUGGCCUUGCUGACCCACCACCUCCUGCAGAGGAGCCCCUCAAUGGAGUCAUAGAAAGAUGA